AUGGACACGUCGACCUUCCGCGUCCAGCUCGUCCAGCAUGGCCCACGCGGGCUGCAAGCGCUCCGGAAGAAGGUGCUUUUGCGCAUCGACGCGGACGGCGUGGCCAUCGCGGGCCAGCGUCUUCCCGCGCCCGACCACCUCGUCCCGAAGCGACGGCUCCUCCGGCUCUACCUCCCCAACGCCCACGAGACAACCGUUCGCUUCGCAGACAGCGUCGGCGUCGACGCAUGCAUCGCCCAGCUCCGCAUCCGGUUUCCCAACUGCCGCCUGCUGCCCGCCGCUGCGGCCAUGCCUGCCACUACCGACGACGCGCCCUUGUCGCGCGACGAGAUGGCGUCCAUGUUCAUGUACGAUCCUGGCUUUCGCCGGCUCGUGCAAGACCUCCACGUGCAGAUCGCUGCCAACGGCGUCGCUGGAGGAAGCACGAUGCCAUAG